AUGGCGCACUUCUCGUCCAGUCUGGUUUUACUUGUGGCCAUUUCCAAUGCAUUUGAAUUUGGACACGUUGCUGGUGAGAAGGUGGCCAUCAGAGAUGACAGCCUUCGCAGCCAGGAAGGACCUGCAGUCCGUGCUCGCUCUUUGCAGAUGGUGCCUUCCAUGGGGAUACAGAGCACUAAGUUGCUUAAUAAAACCUGCUGCCUGAAUGGAGGGACCUGCAUCCUGGGGUCCUUCUGCGCCUGCCCACCUUUCUUCUAUGGACGCAACUGUGAGCGUGAUGUCCGAAAAGAGCACUGUGGGUCUGUCCUCCAUGGCACCUGGCUGCCCAGGAAGUGCUCCCUGUGCAGGUGCUGGCUCGGCCAGCUCCACUGUUUUCCUCAGACCUUUUUACCUGGCUGUGAUGGUCAUGUGAUGGACCAGGAUCCCCCAGCAUCCAGGACUCCAGGACGAGCACCCUCUGUGCCAACCACUUUCAUGCUAGCUGGCAUUUGUCUUCUUCGGGAAAUGAAAGUGUAG